CAACUAGGUGAUCGUAAGGACCUGCUGAAAAUGACUUGGGGCAAGGAUGCGUUCUCUAAAACCAAAAAACGGGUGGAAAACACAGUUUCGCAGACUGAAGCGUACUUAAAGAAUGGAAGAAAACUGUGCAGGCCAGACGCGAACGCUAAUUGUGUGGUUCGGUAUCCAAACGAAUUUGAAAAGAAAACAUUGCUGGAGUCGCUGUGCGUGUAUUUUAGUUGGGCAGUCCUGUUGAUAUUCGCUCACAUUAGACAGUUUUUAACCAGCCACGGAUUUACAAGCACUUGUGAGGCAGAAGAAUUACCCAGGCAGAAAAGCUUUGCUCCACUUUAUGACGGUUUGAUGCCUGUAUACGCACGCCACUGCUACAUGCGAGUAAGAGAUGUUUUUGAGCGACCAAUUGGAAGUGUUGCCGGUGCUACUGUUGAACUACUGGACCGUUACACUACAGACUACUGCUUGACGUUCAAAUUCACUGGUACAAAAUCAGAAGUUAUAAAUAUGGGGUCAUACAAUUACCUCGGGUUUGCACAGAAUAAUGGGCCUUGCGCAGAUGCUGCAGCAGCAAUAAUUGACAAGCAAGGACUUUCAACUUGCAGCACCAUUAUGUCUGCAGGCUACUCGCCUAUCCAGCGUGACCUGGAAAAGCUAGUAGCUCGUUUUGUUGGGGCGGAAGCAGCAAUAUGUUUCAGUAUGGGGUACGCAACAAACUCAAUGAAUAUUGUGUGCUUCGCAGACAAGGCAAGCGCCGAAAAGAUAAUAAGUACAACACUUCAGGACUCCUUAAUAGUUAGCGAUGAACAUAAUCACAUUUCUCUUAUCCUUGGUGCUCGUUUAACUGGGGCUAAAAUCAGUGUGUUCAAACACGAUAAUAUGGAAGAUCUAGAGCGGAUAAUGAAGAAUGCCAUUGCAUACGGUAACCCAGGAACUGGUCAUCCUUAUAAAAAAAUUUUAGUCAUUGUUGAAGGAAUAUAUUCAAUGGAAGGAUCGAUAUGUAAUUUACCAAAGCUUAUUGAACUUAAGAAAAAAUACAAGGCAUAUUUGUAUUUGGACGAGGCACAUUCAAUUGGAGCCCUCGGAGCAACGGGACGAGGAGUUGUUGAGUAUUGGGGUUGUGACCCUCACGAUGUUGAUAUCCUUAUGGGCACAUUUACAAAGAGUUUCGGAGCAUCGGGAGGAUAUAUAGCGGGUCUUAAAGAAACCAUCGACUACAUCCGUCGGCACUCACAUACCAGCUACUAUUCAUUGCCUAUGUCUCCUCCAGUAGCAGAGCAAGUGUAUGCUUCAAUGUCGACACUUAUGGGCCUCGACGGUACAAAUGAUGGUCAGAGGAGAAUUGAGCGGUUAGCUCGGAACACAAAGUAUUUUCGAAGGCAGUUAAAGCAGAUGGGUUUUUUGGUCUAUGGAUCCGAUGACAGCCCAGUAGUUCCAGUAUUACUAUAUUAUCCAGCGAAGUUUUGGGGUAGAGAAAUGUUAAAACGCCAAGUCGGCGUGGUGGUAGUCUCUUAUCCAGCAACAGCGAUGACUGAAAGUCGAGUACGGAUUUGUCUGAGUGCAGCACAUACCAAAGAAAUGCUUGACAGAACUUUAAUUGCAAUGAAAGAAGUUGGAGAAUUAACUAGUGUUUUUUAUUCGAGGAAAAGAUUAGAUAUCGGAAUCGGUGAUAUUCAGUGGUAG